GACGCCUCAACUCGAGUUCGCAAACGAUUCAACGCUGGUGGCUGCCACUCCAACAGCGAUGCUCCGGCGCCUGGCUCAACCGAGAGCCGAAAUAUGUCUGCGGUGUUCGUUUCGCCUCUUUCAGCACAAUCUACGGCCCUUGUCGCAUUUCCCAGCACGACAGUUCACUCCCAACGAGAAUGCAGCAAGCGAAGGACCGUCGUCUACGGACGGUGCUCCUUCUCAAGACAAUGCAGAUCCGACAAGGCAUCCCCGGACGUUCUACAAACCCAAGCAAAGACGGAGGCGAGCUGGUAACCGGGUUUUGACAGAGGACAGCGCAACGCUAGGCACUGAGAUGCUUGGCAAGCCUGCCCGGGCAAUCGUCUUGCGUGAUGGCGGCCUCUACGUCCGGACCGACAAAACUGAGGAAUUCGAGGCCGAGCCGAGUCCAGAGCUCCCAAAUCUGGAGGCCUUGCUGGAGAGCCAGCAGUCAGACCCCACGACCGAAGACGUACGAGCGAACAUCGAAAGUCUCAAGCCGGUUCAUGAGCGUCAGCUGUCCGAGAGGGACUUUCGCAAAUUACAGCAGACACUCAUAGAUGGCUUCACUACGCCGCAGUUGCAAGGCUAUCUGCAGUGGCGUGCUGAUAAGCCCCUGCACAAGACGUCUUCGGAGCGCAUGGCUAUGCGGCUUCCGUGGGUCAAGUCAAUGACUCCUUGGACACCAUUAAGCCAAGGUUCGGAAACAGUACUUCCAGGCGAUGCCCCCAUACCAGGCUAUAUGCCGGCCACAGCAAGUCCGAAAGAGAGGGUAGCGAUUCGGAUUUUGCAUGAGUGUUGGGGCUUGACCAUUAAUGAGCUUGCCAUGGUUUUGGGAGAGGUGCGGGUCAGGGUUCGAUCGGCGGAAUUUGUUCUGCUCAUGCGUGGUACACAGCGCUUCAUGAACGAAUUGGGCAAGCAGUGGCUCGAGCCAGGGGAAAGAAUCGAGUCAAUACGGAGUAGCUGUACGCUGCGCUUCGUUGUCAAGAAGCCAAAGGCCGAUAUAAUCAUCGCUGAACUAGACAAGACGCUCAAUUGCAUUGAGAGCAAGGCUAUCCCGCUCAGCCUCUUCACGCCAACGCCUCUGGACGAGGGUGUAAUAGAAGAACUCGGUCGAAUCACCAACACACACAUUCGCAACAGCCAAACCGGAAGACGUAUUCACAUCACAUGGCUAGAAGUACGCAAGAAGGGCCAAAAAGCCGCUCUUGAGGAUUUGCGCCAUGUGGUCUUCAGACUACUACUUACGGCCCUGAGGCCUGCUCAUGCAAAUGCCUUCCUUUUUUCAGACCUGCCUCCCGAAAGUCGCGGCGGUCUCGUGGCAGAUAGAAUCAACUCGAGCAAAUGGGGCUGGAGGGACAGAAUGUCGACUUGGGAACGAUUUGUUGUACCUGUACAGUCAUCCGAAGCGGCGGAAGCACGUGUCGAGCUCCCAUCAUUUACAGUUGAGAAAUUAGCCCAUGCACCGAAGGAUAUUCGACUGCACAACUCUUCAGCUUUUGGCGACAGCCAGAAUCCAGGAAAGGACGGCUAUCCUGUCCAACCAGUCAGCUGGGGGAAAACUGUUCAGACGACGACUGUCGUCCACUAUGGCCAUGUUUUGCACGCCCGGUCAGCAGCAGCAGAGCUGAAUCAGCUCCCUUCGGCCACCGUGGCUGAGCUUAGCGAUGCUGGCCUCCCACGCAUAUUCUCACCGGUAUCACCACACCCGACACGACUUGCCGAACUCGAGGCUCAGUCUCAGGAAGACGACGAGCCAAAAACAGGGAUGUAUCCCGCGCAUUCGACUAUCCUCAUACGAUUCCAGCCUUCGCCUCGCGUUGCUUCUGCAGCCGCAGACGAGUAUGCUCUCGAGGGCGAUAAAAAGGCUCAGCUGCUUCUUGACGAGCACGGGAAUCCAUUGAAAGGCAAGAAGAAGAUCAAGAACGCACUUCGCGAGAUCAAAUCAGAGAAGAAAAAAGAGAAGAAACGGGCCGGUCCUGUUUCCAAGGAUAGCUGGCCCAUGGCUGAGGCGCCACCAGCGCCGAUUCUUGAGUUGCGGCUUACCAUUGAGGACACUAAAGUCUUGGGAAUCCAGAGCUUGCGUGCCAUCAAACACAAGACCGUGUCCGAUGUCAUGCUGCCAGGCUCGCUUAUUGAUAUGCGCGUCACGCAGACUCAGUAUGUCGAGCUCGAAGGGCAGAAGGAUGAUAUCGCGGCAUGGCAACCGCUCGCCGACUUCCUUGGCAAUGCUCGCAUCGAGCUCGACCGGGGAAAGGUCGACAUGGCCUCGCGACAAAGGUUCCCCAUCCCUCGACAUCUGUUUUCCACUGAGGAAUUGGCUGGCGAUCCGAACGAGCUUGUCAGCACCCAGUACGAGUUUGUUGGUCUGGAGCUUCAUCGCGCGGUCUCCAUGCCCUAUGAGGGCUUCAAGAUGACUUACACGUCCAUCGAGGCUGGUCAGGGCGGAGGCCGCCGAGCCGAAUUUAGUGUUGAGGAGGCGACAACAGCGUCGCCUUCGACAGACACACCUAUGGCUGAAGCCUCGCAGUCAGAGGAAUAUGCUAGCGACGAGACUGUCCUCGAGACAGAACUUGACGUGGAUCCUGCUAAGGAAAGCGCCACGGCCGAGCAGGCCUCGACGACCACGGAGCCUCCCUCAAGGCCCACGAGAAAGAACUUCCUUGAGACCUGCUAUGCGUUGGCUCGCGACGAGUCUAUGUGGGCUGGAUAUCCAAGUGACUCCAAAGAGUGGUAACAACCCCCCACGUCAUUUCCACACAUCACAGAUUCGACAUUUGUCGACCGCAUAGACGCGCUGCGAGACAACUGUGAUGGGGAGAAAAAUAUCUGUAUUCAUACUUGUACAACCUCAAUUGUUCGGUUUGUUUCCUAUUAUUCAUGUACAGGCCGCAUUAAGUAGCAUCACCAUGCCACCAUGAUCUAGACCGAUAACCUGCAUUGUAACACCAGCGUCACCACCACCACGAAUAAAAAUUAUAGCAUUGUUGUUCCUCUUUUGAGGUUUAUUUUGUCUUUUACUAUACUAUCACCACCGUGACAAAACUGAAUUCCCUU